AUGACUUCCCAAAUCAUUGCUGGUCUUUUAUUAUCUGAAGCAGUGCUUCCAAAAAGUUUGUCACAAGUUCUGAUGUCACAAGACAAUGUACAAUUGCUAGGCACCUUCGGGGAGUUUGGCUACACAUUUUUUGUGUUUCUGAGUGGGGUGAAAAUGGACAUGAGCAUGGUAACUAGAGUGGGAUCAAAGGCUUGUUAUCUGGCUAUUAUAUCGAUCCUGGUACCGAUGUUAUACGCUGUGUCAAGCAUAGUGCUUUUCAGCAACAACCAGGAAGAAUUAACCACCAUCUUGUAUCUUUUACCAUUGUUUUAUAUGACAUCCUUUCCAGUCAUUCAUUGCCUGCUUACAGAGUUGAAAAUCCUCAACUCCGAACUUGGUAGAUUAGCACGCUCAACAACAAUUAUUGCUGACUUUCUUAGUUUUUUUUCUGGACUUGGUGUCAUAUUUGCUUUAGAUGCAACUAAAGGAGCUCCUGCAGCCUUUUCAUCUGAACUAGUUACUGUUAACCAAACUUGCCUUUGUGCAAUAGUAGUGGUGUUCCUUGUAAGUAUGAGGCUAAUUCCUGAAGGGUUUAACAAGUUUUCCCUCAUGGUGAUUUAUGUUCUUGGUCUAUCUGUCCCACAUGGACCCCCUUUGGGAUCUGCUUUAGUGGAAAAAUUUGAGUGUAUGGCUUCAGGUUUGUUUCUGCCAAUAUUUGUCACAACAUGUUCCAUGAGAUUGCAAAAGUUGACACCUGAUUUCAAGAAUGAAAUGGUGAAAAGCAUGCAGAAAAUGCAUAAACAUGAUGCAUAUGCUCUUUCUCUCAUCUUACGCUCCAAAGGUGUCAUUGAGCUUGCAGCCUAUACCUUCAUGAGUGAUGGAAAGAUGCUCUCUCCAGAAGUAUUCCUUGCAGGACUUACGUUUGUUGCGUUCAGUGCAAGCAUUGUGCCUGUUUUGGUGAGACAAUUUUAUGCUCCUACAAGAAAAUAUGCAGGCUAUCAAAUUAGAAAAACUAUGGAUGCGAAGCUUGAUACAGAGCUGCAAAUUGCUGCUUGCAUUCAUGUUCCAAACAAUGUCACAUCAGUUAUCAACAUGUUGAACAUCUUUUAUUCUACAAGAGAAACCCCUCUAGCCGUUAAUGUGUUGCACCUUGUGAAGCUUAAUGGGGUAGCAGCCCCAGUUUUUCUUUCCCAUCAAAAGAGAUGCAAAAGUGUCACUGGUUAUUGGUACUCUGAGAAUGUUAUUCUUUCUUUCAAGAAAUUUGAGGGCAAUCAUUUUGGGGCUGUAACAAUGAAUGCCUUCACAGCUAUCUGCCCACCAGAGUUGAUGCAUGAUGAUAUUUGCAUUCUUGCACUUGACAAACUUGCCUCUCUUAUUGUUCUCCCAUUUCAUCGAACUUGGUACAUCGAUGGCUCACUUGAAUCCGAAGACCACAUUAUCAGGAAUCUAAACCUCAAAGUCCUGGAAAAGGCUCCUUGUUCAAUAGGAAUCCUCAUCGAUCAUGGCAGUAUAAGGCGACCGAUUUACUCAGAUGCACUAACAGAUUCAUACCACAAUGUAGCAAUGCCAUUCUUCGGUGGCAACGAUGACCGCGAGGCGUUGACACUAGCCAAAAGAAUGGCCAGGAACCACAAAGUCAGGCUUACAGUAGCACAAUUCAUAGCCAAAAGCAAGGGUGAAGUAGAAGUAGACUGGGAAAUUAUUCUUGAUUCUGAGGUUUUGAGAGAUGCUAAGAGCAAUGAAUAUAUCAACUACAUUAACCAUGUGGUAAAGGAUGGACAUGAAACAGUGAAGAUUAUUCAUUCUAUGGUGAAUGAAUUUGAUCUCAUCAUCGUUGGAAGAAGGUACAACAUUGAAGAUCCGCAGACUUCAGGACUGAAAGAAUGGAGUGAAUUUCCAGAAACUGGAAUCACGGGAGACCUGCUUGCUUCGAAAGAUUUAACUGGGAAAUGUUCAGUCUUGGCUGUGCAACAACAACAUAUAAAUUAA